CUUUCAUCAAGAGAUCCAUUCGCUAGCAGGCGCUGUGAGACAGACAGACAUCACCUAUUCAUUUCUGUAGAAAGGCACAAGAUGUCCCACCAGAUAGUUGGGAUGAUGCUAGUCUGUCUGCACAUGGCUGUCUCGGAAGAAGGGAUACAAAUCCUGCAAAGCCCAGCCCAGGUGUGGCUGACUUCUGGACAGACCGCACAGCUGGACUGUAGCCCUUCACGAAAAGUAUGGAGAGUUCAGUGGUACAAGGAACAUCUGAGUUUACAAUGGAUUUACGAGAGUUCUCCACUUCAACCUUCAAAUGGAAAAUACUCGAGUAAAGUGAACAUUCCGGCAAACACAUUUUCUCUGACUAUAAGUAACGUACAAAGAAAUGACUCCGGGGUGUAUUACUGUGGCCUUGCUAUAUAUGUACAUCCCAACUUCGGGAAUGGGACCAGGCUGAGUGUCACAGAUGCCUCCGAGCCAAGACUUUCCAUCCUGGUGCCCUCUGCCCCGGAGGAUGCCGAGCUUCCCCCCGUCAUUCCUCUGCUCUGCCUGCUCUCGGAUUUCACUCCCGCCUGGAGUGCAGUUCUCUGGGACACUGGUGAGCAGGUGUCUGAGGGUCAGAUGGAUGCUGGAGCCAUAGACAGGAAUGGGAUCUUUAGUGUUUGGAGCCUAAUGACAAUCCCUUCUGAGACGUGGAACCAGGAGACGACCUGCACUUGUACAGCCAAGGAGAACAGCACGGGGAGAAGCAUCAAUGCUACAGUCUCUAAGGAAACAGGUCCAGUAUUGUAUCAUUCAAUCUAA